UCUCCCCGCGGAGCUCCGUGAGUCGGUGAAGCGGAGCUUUGGAAGGAAGCAGCACGUACUGUAUCCACGUGAGCGGGGGAGGACAAGUUGACAAUGUUUUCCGGGCCGCACUUCCAUCCUCCCGCCGACGCCGCAGCCUCCAUCUCUGCAGCUAUCUUCACCGAGUCGGGAGAUGAGUUGCUGGGUGCUACCUUCACGUCUCUCAGCCAAAAGCUAGUAAACGAGCAAACAUGGUCAUCAUCAUCCGCAUUUGCUGUUCUUAAACACUACAUCUGAGAAGUGUGACCGAGCCCGCCCGACAUCCACAGUUCGCCAUGUUUCCCGAUGCCCUGGAAGCGGCUGGGCGGAUGGAGGGCCUGCCGAUGGCCUCCCUCCAGCCAUCGUCCGAGCUGGAGGAGGAGGAGGAGGAAGAAGAAGCUGAGGUGUUUGUGGAGCGAGGGCCAAAGAAACGGGGUCGCUACCGGCAAAGCAUACAGCUACUGAAGCCCUUCAGGAUAACACACAAACACCAGCACCCAGUUGACAAUGCCGGUCUCUUCUCUUUCAUGACCCUGCAUUGGCUCUCGCCGCUGGCCCUGAGAGCCUACAAGACGUCCAACUUGUCCAUAGACGAUGUGUGGGGGCUGUCCUGCCAUGAAGCCUCUGAAGUCAACUGCCAAAGACUGGAAUCGCUGUGGCACGACGAACUGAAAAGAUGGGGGCGUGAGGGAGCGUCCCUGACAAGAGUCUUUAUGAGGUUCUGCCAAACUCGAAUGCUGGUGGCCAUCUUUGCCCUCCUUCUCACAAUGGUGGCAGGCUUUGUUGGGCCCGCGAUUCUGGUUCGAGCCCUACUGGAAUAUUCCCAGAGCUCCGAGCACAGCGUCAAGUACGGCCUCUGUUUGGUUGCCGGGAUCUUUGCCAUGGAACUGAUGCGCUCCUGGUCUUUGGCGCUCAUGUGGGCUGUCAACUACCGCACUGCAACUCGCCUCCGCGGAGCGGCUCUCACAUUCGCCUUCAACAGGAUCCUCCGCCUUCGCAGCACCAAAGACAUCAGUCCCGGCGAGCUGAUAAACAUCUGUUCCAGCGAUGGCCAGCGUCUGUAUGAGGCUGUCUCAGUGGGCUGCCUGCUAGCUGGGGGGCCCCUGGUGGGCAUCCUUGGCCUGACCUACACCACUUACUUUCUUGGUCCCACCGCUUUACUGGGAUCAGCCAUUUUCAUCAUCUUCUAUCCUACCAUGAUGCUUGCGUCAAGACUGACAGCGUAUUUCCGCAAGAAGUGUGUGGCGGUGACUGACCAGCGCGUGAGGCUGAUGAACGAGAUCCUGGGCUGCAUAAAGUUCAUCAAGAUGUAUUGUUGGGAAGAUGCCUUUGCGCAGAACAUUCAGAAGGUGAGGUUAGAGGAGAGAGGAAUACUGGAAAGAGCGGGUCUCAUCCAGAGCCUCACAGUGGGCGUGGCGCCAAUCGUCGUGGUGAUAGCCAGUGUUUGCACAUUCACCCUGCACAUGGCCUUAGGUUAUGACCUAACUGCAGCAGAGGUGUUCACUGUAGUUGCUGUUUUCAACUCCAUGACCUUCGCAUUGAAGGUCACGCCCUUGGCUGUCAGGUCCCUGUCAGAAGGUGCUGUGGCAGUGAAGAGAUUCCAAAGGCUGUUCACAAUGGAUGUCCGAGAAGUCGUGUUGAUCAAAAUGCAAGACCCUCGCAAUGCGGUUGAAUUCCAGGACGCCACACUGGCAUGGGAGAAGGCACGAACCCCAGCCACCAAGUCAAACCCACCCCCUAAAAAGCAGGGAGGGGGGAUGAAACGCGUACUCCGCAGGGAAAAGCUGAGCCUUUUCAUCUCCACCGAGGAAAGCAAGGAAAGCAAAGAUGGCCCUAAUGCUCAGAGUCUCCUCACUAACAUGGAGCAAGAGAGUCCACAGAGUACUAUCUCCUCCACGAAAAGCAUCCGGCCUCCACUGCACAAGACGCUACACCGUAUUGACCUCCGUGUUAAGAGGGGUUCACUUGUUGGGAUCUGCGGUGGAGUUGGAAGUGGCAAGAGUUCUCUUCUCACAGCACUACUGGGACAAAUGACCCUUUUAGAAGGCAACGUCGCAGCCAGCGGGGGCUUUGCUUAUGUGUCCCAACAAGCUUGGAUUCUCAAUGAUUCCCUGAAGGAGAAUAUUCUAUUUGGGAAGGAGUUUCAACAGGAAAAAUAUGAUGCCAUCUUGGAAGCCUGCUGUCUUUUACCAGAUCUCUCGGAGCUGCCUUAUGGAGACAUGACUGAGAUUGGCGAGAGAGGAGCGAACCUGAGCGGAGGCCAGCGUCAGAGAGUCAGCCUGGCUCGGGCGCUCUACAGUGAGCGCCCCAUACUCCUCCUGGAUGACCCUCUCAGUGCUGUCGACGCUUGCGUGGGCUCUCACAUCUUCAAAAAGGCAAUACAGGCGGCUGCGAAAGGCAAGACUGUGCUCUUUGUGACCCACCAGCUGCAGUACCUGCCAGAAUGUGAUGAUAUUAUCCUCAUGAAGGACGGGCAGAUAGCUGAGCACGGCACUCAUGCUCAACUAAUGGCUAAAGAGCGUGAAUAUGCAGCUCUGUUCAGAAGCAUGCAACAGGAGAAUCUGGUGAGAGAGAAUUUAAAAAAUACAGAGCACAAGGUAACUGCUGUACAAGUUUGCCUUGUUGAGGAAAUAGCUAAGAUACAACAAAAGCCACAGAGCAAAAAAGAACAACUGAUGAAAGCAGAAGAAAAAGGGUCCGGCGCCGUUGCCUGUGCUGUAUACGCUGCCUACAUCAGAGCAGCAGGAGGGCCGGUGAUUUUCUUCCUCAACGCUUUCUUCUUUCUCAGCACCACGGGCAGCAUCGCCUUCAACAACUGGUGGCUGAGUCACUGGAUCAAGCAGGGCAGCGGGAAUGCUUCAUUAAUCUCGGUGAAUGAGACAAUGGCGAAGGACAGCAUGAGGCUCAACCCUCACAUUCAGUUCUAUUCAACUGUUUACGUCAUCUCCAUGGGCGCCGCUUUGUUUCUCAAAACCAUACGAGGCCUGGUGUUUGUUAAGUGUACUGUAAAGGCAGCCUCUGUGCUCCACGACAAGCUGUUCCUCCGACUCCUCCGCAGCCCCAUGCGCUUUUUUGACACCACGCCGCUCGGCCGCAUCCUGACCCGUUUCUCCAGGGACAUGGAUGAGGUGGAUGUUCGCUUGACCAUGCAAGCUGAAAUGCUGCUACAGAAUCUCACCCUGGUGCUGUUUUGUCUGGCAAUGGUCGGUAUCGUCUUUCCCUGGUUUCUCAUUUCCAUCCUGCCCCUGGGAGCCUUCCUUUGCCUUGUCAACCGUGUCUCCAGGGUUUUGAUUCGCGAGCUAAAACGACUUGAGAACAUCAGCCAGUCGCCAUUCACCUCCCACAUCACCAGCAGCCUUCAGGGCCUCUCCACCAUCCACGCCUAUGGAAGGAAGCGCGACUUCCUCCAAAGAUAUCAGGAAUUGCUGGACAAUAACCAGGCCUCCAACUACCUCUUUAGUUGCGCUAUGCGUUGGCUGGCCGUGCGCCUCGACCUCAUCAGCAUCUCUCUCAUCACCGCAGUCGCUCUCCUCAUUGUCUUCAUGCACCAGCAGAUACCUCCUGCCUACGCAGGCCUGGCCAUAUCGUACGCAGUGCAGCUUACUGGCUUGUUUCAAUUCACUGUAAGGCUCCUCACAGAGACAGAAGCUCGCUUCACAUCAGUAGAGAGGAUUAAUCACUACAUAAAGUCUCUAGAAAGUGAAGCACCAUGCAAAAUCCAGUCAAAUGCUCCUGCCCUCUCCUGGCCCGAGGAAGGGAAGAUCACCUUUCACAAGGCGGACAUGCGUUACCGCGACGGCCUGCCGUUGGUGCUGAAGGAUCUGUCUUUCACAAUCCAGCCUGAAGAGACCAUCGGCAUUGUGGGUCGCACAGGAUCAGGGAAGUCUUCCCUGGCCCUUGCUCUCUUCAGACUAGUGGAGCUGGCGAGAGGCUCCAUCACCAUUGACGGAGUCAAUAUUGCUCGAAUCGGCCUGGACGACCUGCGGAGCAAACUAGCAAUCAUCCCUCAAGAGCCUGUGCUUUUCAUUGGUACUGUCAGGACCAAUUUAGACCCAUGGGAUCAGUACUCAGACUCACAGAUAUGGGAAGCACUAGAGAAGACACAUAUCAAAGAGAUGGUGAGCCAGCUGCCUCACUCCCUCCUCUCCGAGGUGACAGAGAACGGCGAGAACUUCUCAGUGGGCGAGCGGCAACUCCUUUGUGUGGCCAGAGCGCUGCUGCGCAAUAGCAAGAUCCUCGUACUUGACGAGGCGACGGCAGCCAUCGACACUGAGACAGACAGUCUAAUCCAGGAGACCAUUCGCUGCGAAUUCAGCAGAUGCACGCGCCUCAUCAUCGCCCAUCGUCUCAACACCGUGAUGAACUGCAGCAAGGUCAUGGUCAUGGACAACGGCCAGAUUUUGGAGUUUGACCAUCCCAUCACCUUGCUGUCAAACGAAAACUCCAGAUUCAGAGCCAUGAUCGAGGCGUCACAAAACCAAAGCAAAUAAAAACCUGGACAAUAUGCAUGCUGUGAAAAAAGAAAAAUAGAAUUACUUAAAAAAACAUGCAAUAGGUUAUUAAAAUAGCAAUGACAAUGUGACUGAUAACAAAAACCAAAGAUCCUGCAACUGUGUUUCUUUGGACACCAUCUCAUGGUACAAAGGACAACCUCCAUGACAACUGCAAGCCAAAUGAUUCACUGCAAAUGAAACAGAGAAACAACUCUGUCUGUGGCACUUUAUUAAAUUCAUGUCAUCACGUUUCUUUUCGUUCUUCUGCCUCCAAGAGGAACUUAGAACCGCUACUUAGUUCUUGUCACAGUGUAGGAACCUACCUUCUAGGGUAAUGUCAGUAAUGAUUGUUUUGUUUUUAGUGAAAUCGUAUAUUUUGGAAUUAUGUUUUUGAGGCAUUUUAGUCACCUACAAGUUUUUUCUUCGCUGUUUUAAUAUGUGCCUAGAGUUGUGCAAAUAUACAUGUUGCAAUUAGCCAUGUCAUUACAACACUGCAUGUGGGUACUGUUACACUGAAAUUGUUCCUCUUAUGUAAUCUAGAUGCUGGAAAUUGAAUUAUGCACCUAUUGUUUGUAAGGCAACCAUCGGUACGUUGCCGUUUUCUGUAGCUGAGUCAAUAUGUGUCUUCACAAAAGCUGAGGAUUGUUAUCAUCUGCCUUAUAAUGUAUGAUUGCGCUUAACAAUCACGACGAGUGCAAUAUGUUUUUGAUUACAUUGCUGCAUUUUCCAAGUUGCCUUUUGCACAUGGAGAGUUUAAACUUCCAAUGUGUAUUUUUUUUGUAAAUGAUUGAUUUUAUCAAGAGGAAUUGUUUUGUUUUGUUUGCUAAUAAAAAGUUUAAUUAUAAUGUCAUAGAUUUUGGUCAGUGUGUCCAAUUCACAGUAUACUGCAAUUUAUGAGUAAACAUAAAGUUGUUAUAAGGGGCUGUCUUAAUAUCAGGGGUCAAAAAUCUGGACCUCGAGGCCACCUAACCAGUCGUGUGUUUUGUCUCCCUCAGUCCCUCUGUCCUGCAACACAUCUGAAUUAAAUAAUCAGGAUCGCUAUCAGGCUUCUGGAGAGCUUGCUUAUGAGUUAAUCAUUUGAUUCAGUUGGGUGACAGGAGACA